AUGGCUAUUGAAUACUCAUUGAGAAGAAUCGGUAUCUUGCGAAUUGUCACCCAGGAAAACUUCCGGGAAACCAUUCGACAAGUGUUUCAAUUCUCGGGAACAUCCGCAAGAGAAGUUCUAGGGCGUCAGGACAGCCCAUUCCGCGACCAGACUGAUCAAACAAUCUCAAUUGACCAAAUCAAAAUUUGGAUCGAUGUAUGCGAGCGAGAGCAUGGCGAUACAUGUGGUUCACUUACAUUGAGCAGCAGCAGUGCCGAAAUAGAGUAUCCAAUCCUCCUGAUCGAUGUCAACCUACGAUGUUUGGUUUGGUCUACAGCGGCCUCGCGGUAUUUAGCUCUCAGCUACGUCUGGGGCCAGGCUGACACUGCAGAGACAAUGAGAAGCAAUCUGGAAUCUCGAUUGAAGCCUUCUGGCCUGCCUCCUGCGUUACCUCAAACCAUCGAGGACGCAAUUAUGUUGACAAUGAAGAUGCAAGAAAAGUAUCUCUGGGUGGAUGCAUUGUGUAUUGUUCAAGACGACAUCAAAACAAAGCAUUCCAACAUUCAACGCAUGGACAAAGUCUACAGUAACGCGCUCGCAACAAUAGUCUGUCUGAACGGCAAGGAUGCAAAUGCGGGAUUACCUGGUGUGCGACCAGCGUCUCGGAAACCUCAGAACAUCGAAACAAGACAUUCAAGCAAGGAACCGUUCCAGCCAGAUCCAGCUUGGAUUCGGGAGUAUGAUGGAUUUUCAAGGAGCGACAAGCAAAAGCAUGAGUUGCUCACUGUCUGUCGAACCAUAUCCACUGAAAUGGAAAAUUGGUUCUGCGCAUUGGAUUAUCGUAUUCCCGAACAAUCCGAAGACUCAGGAGGACCUGAUAAUACUUCAGAGCACAAAGCAGCCCCAGACAAGCCGCCUUCGCAAGGUAUCCUUGCUGUGGUCUCACACCCACCUCCUUUGAAAUACGCUCUAGAGUCCUCGGUUUGGCAUAAUAGGGGUUGGACAUUCCAAGAAAGGCUGCUUUCCAGGCGUGGUAUCUAUUUCAGCUCCGACUAUGUCUAUUUUCAGUGCUGGAAGCAUACCCAAUGUGAGACUGGAGGAAAUAUUGUUACUUGGUCCGACAUCACGACUAGUCCCGAGUCAGGAAACGCAACUGAGCUGAUAAGAUCACGAGAGACAAAUCCUCUUCUCCAUUUCAGGUUUCCGCCUCCCCAAAAUCCUAUCGAAUUUCGACCCCAGGAGAAUCUGAGCAGAUUUGAAGACAUGGGAAUCGUAGCAAAGCAAGAUUUUGACGUCUACAAAGAUGUAAUAGAGAUGUAUACGAAGAAAGAGCUGUCAUAUUCGGCUGACAUCCUAAACGCGUUGGCAGGUAUUCUGGCAGUGAUUCAAGAUCGAGUUGGGGGUCAACUGAUUGCUGGCUGCCCUACAAGGUAUCUUGACCUCAGUUUCCUGUGGGCUCCAACGGAGCCUGCUGAUAGGCGGACGGCGGUGGGUGCCGGAGGCAGUAUGUUCCCAAGCUGGUCUUGGGCUGGCUGGACUGGAGCCAAGCAGUACGUCAUUAUGGAGGACGGCAAAAGGACGUAUCGAUCACUGCACCACGAAUAUGCCAGGACUGAAAUACGAGAAUUCUCCCUUCAUCACCAAGGCACCAUUCUGCACAUUCAUAAAAGUGCCGAGGAAACAGAAACUACUGAACCGCGGAAUCUUGGAUCGUCAACAAUGCCUCAAGAAGAGAGAUUCCCAAAAUACGUUCCAUAUUCUGAUUGCUUCCUUCAUGGCGUCUCGGGGCCUGAUUUUGGUCCUAACGUUCUCCAGUUCUGGACCGAAGCGGUGGACGCCAGCUGGUUUUCAGUAGGACAAAUCACAGGGCCAUCGCUCACCGACAAUGAGCACGCUAAUAUUACUACCAAACAGACUGUGUCCAAGUUAUUUGACUCCAAGAACCGAUACUGUGGCCUUAUUUUCAAGCAAACGGCAAAAAGGAGGCGCCGGCAGAAGCGGAACGGCAAUCUUCAGUUCAUUCUGAUUUCAAGCUUCGGCGAGUCGAGAGACAGAAGGUCCGGGUUCCAGACGACAGAUACCAGAUUGCGUCCCUUUGAUGAGGGGCAAUUUCCGUGGAAGGGGAAAGGAAGUGGUCUCGUGAAUUUGAUGUUGAUUGAAUGGUUCGACGAAGUCGCGGAAAGAAUAUCGGUGGCGCGAAUCCAUCGACAAGCUUGGGUCGAAGCCAGGCCGAUGACAAGACACAUUAGACUAGCAUAG